UCCGCCUUUCCCCCAGCCCCCUCGAGUCCGUUGCCGAAGCUAAGCAAAGCAAAGCAAACGCAGCGCAGAGCAGAGCAAAGGCGAACGCCGAGCGUGCUCCUUCUGCGUCUUCGUCCUCUCCCUCUCGCCUCCGUCGCUUCGCUCGGUUCCCUCGUCGGUCCUCCGCUUCCAUCGCAAGUACCUCGAGUUUAUUAGGAUUGGUGGAACUACUAAUUGCACUUCCAUAUUUAUGGAAAUUGUGGAAGUUGUGCAUGAUGAUUGCAAGGAUGGCAUGGUGAAAUGUGCCAUAGAAAAUGGGUGGGUGAAGCCAAGCAUGUGCCAAAAUAACUUCACUUGUAAGCCUGUUCAGGUUUGAUGAAAUUCAUGGUGUACUUUUUCCUGCCUCAGAAGAUGAAGCAAUGGAGGUUGAGCAUUUACUUUUGGAGCCACAAAUUGAAAAAGAUUUAAGCAACAAUAUCAUGCUUAUGGGCUCAGAGCAUUCUAAAGAGUGCCUAGCUAUCGAAGAUUUUACAUUUGCAGUUGAUUACACAGAUUGUAAAGCAGAUUUUGGAAAAAUUUAUUCUGAUGCUGCACUGAUUCAGAAACAUGAGUUUGUUGAUAGCAUGCUCCAGGGAGUUAAUGAAGGGAAUCUUCAUGGACAAAGCAAUUUCUGCAGCAUCUGUCCUGAACUUUUUUGGGAUAAUGACUGUGCAGAAAGCCUUCAGGUUAAAUGUGCUUCCCAGAACACAUCAUGUAUUAAAAAUUUCAGAUCAGAUUUGCAAACCAAAAGCAUUGGAAUACAUAGUGAUGCUGGAGAAUUCUCAGACUUGUCAAAUGCUCUUAAUUCUCCAUAUGAUGCUGCUACACCUGAUCGAGAUGCAUUUUUGUUCGAUGAUGUAAGCACCGAUCAACUUCCUGAUGUGUUCAGAAGCACUUUGGGAUGGGAUACAUCAGUGGAGGACAAGCAGUCUCUGGAGCAUCAUAUACUCUUUGAAUUGCAGAACCUGACUGAAAUUAACAAAUUUUCCAGUCCCUCACAAUGCAGCUCUAUGCCAAAUGAGAUUGAUGAUGAAACAAUAUGGAUACCAAAAAAUCUUUUUGAAGAAGUGUCUAGUCCAUUCGGAAGUAUAUUUGAUACCACCAAACUGGUGGUUGGAAUAGGUGCUGAGAAGCCAGUGCAGUGUGGUAGGGAUGUUCGAGUGGGAAAUUUUUCUGAGGCACACAAGACUCAUUUGGGAGAUGAAGACAGUGCAGUUAUAACAAAUAAGAGAUUACGCAAACCUACUCGAAGAUAUAUUGAAGAAACAUCAGAUUUGAAAUCCAGAUGCUGCAGAGAAACUAGAGGUUUAGUUAUUCAGAAACAAAGAGGUCUGCAUGCCUCCAGAGUUCAGCGUCGGAAAAAUGCUGCAGUUAUGGUGAGAUAUCCUUUCCAUGAAGUGGUAAAUUCUCUGCCGAGUCUUCCUGCAUUACUAGUGAUUCUCUUGAACUCUCAUGGUUUGCAGUAUGCUUCAUUUCAUUGCAGUUAUUUUCUGAAGCUUUUAGUUAAGCACAAAAUUUACUAAUCAUUAUAUUCAAUGUAUAUUACCAUGUAGCAUUUGAAGAUCCCAAGACCCCAACCUUUUUUGAAUUGCAUAUAUAUGCACUGGAAGAUACGCAAUGUCAUAUAUUUGGGGUCUCAGAAAUCAAAACAUUUGUU